AUGGAGAAGCUGAAGACUCAAAAACAUCUCUACUACAGUCUGGAAGUCAUCAAAAAUAUGAUACUCGACGCACCCUUCUCCGAACCUUAUUCGGAAAGCGUAUUCUUGCUAAUCGAACAUGAAAUGCACAGUACAAACCUCCUCUUAUGUUUAAUCCAGAAUUUUGACAAAAUGGAUUUCCAGGGCAAGAAGUGUGCGGUGCAGAUCUUUAACAGUAUGCUGCUGAGAUCGAUUGGCGUUCCUUCGGAGACUGUAAAAUAUAUCUGCCGAAAUCCCGAAAUCCUUCUUAAACUCAUGACCGGCUACGAGAACAAGCAGAAUGUGCACGACUACCACUCGAUGUUGAGCGAGUGCACCCGCCACCAACCACUUGCCAAGAUAAUGUUACAUUCGGAAGCGUUCUUCAAUCUGUUCCAUUACGUCGAGGUUCUCAAGGACGACGUCUGGUUCGCUCCAUUUUCUGUCCUCAAGCUACUGCUCACAGGCCACAAGCGCCUAUGCGCGAAGUUCCUCGAGCAAAACUAUGACAAGGUUUUCACGCAUUAUCAACUGUUGCUUAGCUCGACGAACUACAUGCUACGGCGCGAAAGUGUUGCGCUACUCAGCACACUGCUAGCCGAUCAGCACAACGUUACGAUUAUGAAAAAAUAUGUUAGCGAUCCGGACAAACUUAAGCUAAUUGUGAACAUGGUGGGCGAGAUACGUUGCGUACCGUAUAAGGUGUUCGACGUCUUAAAGCUGUUUGUGGCUAAUCGGGACAAACCGAGGCCAAUAUUGGACAUAUUGUUGAACAACCGCGAGAGGUUGGCCAAGUACGUGUUAAAUGCCCCCAACGAUUGCCCCGAGGAUGGUCAGUUUAUGGACGACAAAUUUGAAUUGUUCUACACGCUUCAGCAGCUGAAAUCGGAUUAA